CAGAAGUAGUUAGAUAUCAGAAACGAAAAUUUUGAUAGCAGAUCAAAAUCAGAGAACGCAGAUGAUUUUUCUUCCGCGUGGGCAGCCUCCUGGCGCUGGUGGUCCAGGAGGUGGUGCCCCUGCCGAGGACCCUCGGAGUCGAUACUCGGGUCUGGCGAGCUUCCUCAUGCUAAUGAUGUUUUUGUCUCUAUUGGUUUCGAAAAAUCCGAAAAAUCGUGGGAGCGGUAGCAGCGAUCCGUAUAGCGAGGGCAGCGAUACAAGAAUAGCCUAUCCUUGGGAUAAGAAAUCGUACUUUUUGUUUGAGCUGUGAGAUCUGACUGAGGUAGUUCAGAUGAUUGAAGCAGCCAGUACUGAUUUCACAGGCGUUAUAGUUAAGUUUGCAAGCUGCUGCACCACCCGCAUCCAUCUUGUCCAGGCCCUACAACGACGAAACACAGGUUCGAUGCUGGUGGCGAGACGGAGGUCGUUUUUGUUGGACCAGGUAGUGAAAGUGCCACAUUUGCUGAGACGGGAAGGCCGCCGUGUGGUCGUGGGGUCACAAGUAGCGGAGAUAAUGUUAGAGAACUGGGAAGUACUGCAUCUUCGGGUUCCAUUCGUCGGGA